AUGCGCCAUACCAAAUUAAGAGUAAAAAUCUCCAGCAAAUAGGGGUUCUUGUAAUUGUAAAUUCAUUUCUGUAAUACCCCUUUAAUUUCUUUUCUUUUCUUAUAUAUCAUCUCUUCUCUCUCUUCCUUUACUUCAAAUGUUAAAGAGUUUGUGUUCAUGUUUAAGCUCUAUAGACUGUAAUUAACUCUUUCCCCCUUUUCUGGGUGUUUUUCUAUGUAAUCCUUUGCCUGUUUUCUCUGAAAACAUGGCUGCGGAUAGCUUUCUUAUGCCCCCAUGCCGAAAGAUUCGGAUUUGCAAAGCGAAAAGAGAACCGAAUCUGAACCAUAGUGAUUCUUCCUCAGGUGUAGAACCUCAGGAUGCAGAUUACCCUUACGUUCCUCAGCUCUGUGAUGAGUUAGAGAAUUUGAUUUUGGCUCGAUUUCCUCGAUCGGAAUAUUGGAAACUUUACUUAUUAAACAAGCAUUUCUUACAGAUUUUAAAGAGUGGAGAGUUAUUUAAGAUUAGGAGGCAAAUUGGGUUUAAAGAAUCAUCUAUAUUCAUGUCAGCUAGUGGGUGCAAUUCUUGGUGGGCAUUUGAUAGGCUAUUCAAGUGUUGCAGGAAGCUCCCAGAGUUGCCAUCUAGAGAUGUGUGUUUUAUUGGUGGAGAUAAAGAGUCACUUUGUGCUGGGAGUCAUUUGAUUGUCUCCGGCAGGGAGAUCACUGAUGGCAAUGUUGUGUGGAGAUUUGAACUUGAAACCAGUAAAUGGAUCAAAGGGCCUUUCAUGAUCGACCCUCGAUGUUUGUUCGCAUCAGCCACUUGUGGUACCUUUGGUUUUGUAGCUGGUGGGAUUGGGAUGGGGUUAAUAGGGACCAAUGUGUUGAACUCGGCUGAGAAAUAUAAUCCUGAGACAAAGUCAUGGGAGAGUCUCCCAUGUAUGCAUAAGCAGAGGAAGCUUUGCUCAGGUUGUUUCAUGGACAACAAGUUUUACGUAAUCGGAGGGAAAGAUGAAAAUAACAAUGAACUCACUUGUGGGGAAGCUUAUAAUCAGGAUAAAAACACAUGGGAACUGAUACCAGACAUGUUGAAAGACGAUGAUAAUCAGGUUGCAACACAGCAAUCUCCGCCCCUUCUUGCGGUUGUGAACAACGAGCUUUACUCUCUCAAAACAUCUUCAAAUGAGUUGAGGGUUUACAUUAAGAACAGCAACACAUGGAAGAAAUUGGGAGCAGUACCGGUUAGAGCUGAUCUUCAUAAAGGAUGGGGAGUGGCUUUCAAGUCACUUGGCAAUGAACUGUUGGUGAUUGGAUUCUCAUCUUCCAUUUCAAGUGGGAAUGACAAUGGCAAGGGGAUGACAAUCUACACUUGCAAACCGGAACCCGAGAGCAAGGAAUUGCAAUGGAGGUGCAUUGAGGGAUACAAAGACCGUCUUAACUUCUUUCUCCUAAACUGUUGUGUUAUGGUAGCUUGAACUUUGUAGUUUGUUGUAUUGGUUACCAUAUAGUGUUUACUUAAUUUGCUGAAUAAAAGAUGGAUUGUGUAGGGUAAGGGGAGUGAGUUGUAAGAAA